GGAAUGUCCCCAAAGCCUUUUAUUGGUUGGCUGGAAGAUUGUUUGUGUAUUCUUCAAUACGGAAUUCAUAUCUUCAAAUUUCCUUUGUUUGUAUGAUUUUACAUGAAUGACAAUCUGUUCUGUCAUCUCCCUCCUUUAGUUUACAAAGAAACGAUUUGGAGGAUCCAUUAGUUCAGCAGCCAAACCCAACCUAAAUAUACCAAGGCGGAUCCAGCCUGGUAGUCAUAGUCCGACUCCUUCAGCCAGUCAGUCACCUGCAGCCAGACCACCUCCUUCAGCCAUUCCUUCUCCUUCAGCCAGACCACCUCCUUCAGCCAGACCACAUCCUUCGGCCAGACCACCUCCUUCAGCCAGACCACCUCCUUCAGCCAGUCCGUCACCUGCAUCCACAAAUACUACUUCAGCCGGUCCUUCUCCUACAGCCAGACCUGCUCCUACAUCCUCAGAGCGUGUUGCCUCUUCUAUGCCUGGCCCUGCUUCUGCACCCACCACUGCUCCCGCAGCCGAGCCAGAUCAAUUUUGGCUGCCUCCUGAAAUGAGGAAGACGAUCCCAUCACAGGAUCAGAGGUGGAUUGCGUCUGCGCUUUUUCACGCUGGCAGACUUCGGACAGACUUGAAGCUCUGGUAUGAGCCACCAGUCCCUUCUCUCAUCUACCACCAGGCUCCAUCUCCAGACCGCUUUUUUAACCACAGGCUUCUGGUAUGGAUGCCCUACCACUUGUGGAGGUUACACUGCCCUGUCCUACAUGUGGGAAGUAGUUGACUGGCAAUGGCAUCCACAAGAGAGCAGGGAAGGUCCUGGACAUCGACAGGUACUACCUUAUGGUAACAGAGACUCUCAGGUGUACUGUUUGUCGCCUGAAUUACCUGUCUACCAGUCAGACUGUCCUGGACCAGCUCGACUUGCCCCAUAGAAGACUGUUUCGUCUGAUCUUGACACAGAAGUAUGCGUGUGACGUUCGUGUCAUACGCAUGCUGAGGGAGCGGACGCUGGGCAACAGCCCCACCAGACUGGUGAAACAGCUGAGGGAGAACCAUGGGGAGGAGUGGCUUGACCGCUUGGCGCACUAUAUGGAGGAGUGUGCUGGUUUUGUCAACCGCCCCAGCCUCUUACCUGUCGUGUGCCAGAAGCCUCCGGAGCCCAUCGACGUCCCUACUAGCAAGUGGCUGCUUUCAGUUUACGGGAGGGACAUUGUCAGCUGUAUGGAUCAUGUCAAGGCUUGCAUUACUUCCACGUUUGGGACCAUUUUAAAAAUGGACUCUACAAAACAGAUCACAAGAAAGUUGGCAGGCACAGCCAGGGGAACAGCACAGUGGCUGACUUCUGUUGGUAAUGAGACAGGCCAAAUUCUUAUCAGUGUCCUGACCGCUCAGGAAGGUGCGGCACUAGACACCAUGGUCUCCGGCUUGAUUAACAGGUACAGCCAGGCUGCCGUGGCUCCACCAGUGCUGCUGUACGUGGACUCUGGCUGCUGUGUAGAGAAGGGGCAGAGCAAGCUACAGGCCAGAUUUGGAGGAUGGCCUGACCUCAAUAUCAGGCUGGACAUCUGGCACUUCAUGCGUCGGCUGGCAGUGGGCUGCACCACUGAUGCUCAUCCUCUCUACCCAAUCUUCAUGUCACGUCUCUCAGCAUGUAUUUUGGAGUGGGACCCACAUGAUGUUGCUUUGUUGCGGCGGGCAAAGAGAGAGCACCUGCAGCAGGAAGGUUUGUCUGUCAUCACCAAUGACCUCGUGAACCGGCGGAUUACCAAGAAAGAGCUGGCGCUCUAUUGCCGUCGUAGGACACGUGGGGUGGAGUCCACAACCCGCCACAUUGACAGGCUUCUGCAGGAACUCAAGGGGGAGAAGGGGAGAGAUCUGAUGGGGGUUCCUCUGCUGGACACAGUGAGGAUGGAGCACAUCUGGCGUGUUCAGAUGAGGCAUUUUAAGUGCAUACAGGAUUCGCCUGGUGUGUCUCUCUUCACAGAGACGGGCACCACCACCACCAAGGGAGGGAUAGUUCUCACCAAGUACAGGUGUGCUAGGGGCUCGACCUCCCUUGAGUCUUUCCACUGCCAUCUGAACAGGAUCAUUCCAGGAACCAGUGCUAACACACUGAAUUUUCAGUUGUAUCUCCUGGAAGGCCUGAACAGAUGGAACCAAGACCGGAGAGCAGCGUCAAUCACAGAGAAACCCUCCCCUUUUCUCACCUACUCAGGGCAGGUGGUGCAAAGCAUUAACACUAACAGCCUAAACGUUUUUGGAGAGAAGCUUGUGCCCACCUUCCAACCUCCUACAGAGUACACUGGUACAACAAGUCUCUCCUACCAUAACACAAACGCCUCCCUGCGCUGCAAUGAGUUGAUCCAAAACCAUCCGAUUCUGGAGAGCAUGAUUCCAUUCCCAGUGCUGGAAGAAAAGCAGCCACAAGCUUCUCAGCAAUAG